GCAACAUUUCACGCAUGCUUGCUUGGCGUUAGUGGAGGCAGUGCGCAUGCGCGGUGGAGCUCGGGUAGUGACAGUGUCAGAGAGAGAGAGAGAAAGACUGAGAGAGAGACUUCCUUUACGCCCAUCUCCGAUAUAACACCUUCUCUACACAUUCCUGAUCAUGGCUGCCGCGGAUGUGGACGUGUUUUCCGAUGAACAGAAGCGGAACCUCAGUCUGGGCGGACAUGUCGGCUUUGACAGUCUGCCUGAUCAGCUGGUCAGCAAAUCCGUGUCUCAAGGUUUCUGCUUCAACAUCCUCUGUGUGGGGGAGACGGGCAUCGGCAAGUCCACGCUGAUGAACACACUUUUCAACACGAUGUUCGAGAACGAAGAAGCCAGUCACUACCAGAACGGCGUGUACCUGCGGCCGAGAACAUACGACCUGCAGGAGAGCAACGUCCACCUCAAGCUCACCAUCGUAGACACGGUCGGCUUCGGAGACCAGAUCAACAAAGAAGAGAGUUACAAGCCCAUUGUUGAUUACAUCGACACACAGUUUGAAAACUACCUGCAGGAAGAGCUGAAAAUCAAGCGCUCGCUUUUCAACUACCACGACACGAGAAUCCACAUCUGCCUCUACUUCAUCGCUCCCACAGGCCACUCGCUCAAGUCUCUGGAUUUAGUCACAAUGAAGAAGCUGGACAGUAAGGUGAACAUCAUUCCCAUUAUUGCGAAAGCUGACACAAUUUCCAAGAGCGAACUUCACAAGUUCAAGAUUAAAAUCAUGAGCGAGCUGGUGAGCAACGGCGUUCAGAUCUACCAGUUCCCCACGGAUGAUGAAGCGGUGGCCGAGAUCAACUCCUCCAUGAAUGCUCAUCUACCCUUCGCUGUAGUGGGCAGUGUUGAGGAGGUCAAGGUCGGGAAUAAGACGGUCAGAGCCAGGCAGUACCCCUGGGGCGUCGUCCAAGUGGAGAAUGAGAGUCACUGUGACUUCGUGAAGCUGAGGGAGAUGCUGAUUCGUGUGAACAUGGAGGACCUGCGGGAGCAGACACACACCCGCCACUAUGAACUCUACAGACGCUGCAAACUGGAGGAAAUGGGCUUCAAAGACACCGACCCUGACAGCCAGCCGUUCAGUCUACAGGAGACCUACGAGGCUAAGAGGAAAGAGUUCCUCGGGGAUCUGCAGCGUAAGGAAGAGGAGAUGAGGCAGAUGUUUGUUAAUAAAGUGAAAGAGACCGAGGCUGAGCUGAAGGAAAAGGAGAGGGAGCUUCACGACAAGUUUGAGCAGCUGAAGCGCAUGCACCAGGAGGAGAAGAGGAAGGUGGAGGAGAAGAGGAGGGACCUGGAGGAGGAGAUGAACGCCUUCAACAGGAGGAAGGUGGCGGCCGAGACGCUGUCUCUCUCACAGCCGCUCAAGAAGGACAAGGACAAGAAGAAUUAAUUUAUGAGCACGACAUCGCAGGCUGAACGUGGACUUGUCCUCCAUCGUCAUAGUGACAUCGCCAUUUAGUUUUGGGUUUUUUUCCUGCCGUUUUCCUCAUUGACAUUUCGUAAACGGACCAAAGACACUGCCGGGGACCUCAGACACGCAGUCCGAUUGUGAGGAUCGACUUUCCAAUUGUGUUGCCAACAUUUUUUUUAUCCUUUGACUGUAGGACCAUUCAAAUUACGUUCUUGGAUUUUUUUUAUAUCAUAUUCCUGUAUUUGUAUUUUCCCCUCUUUAUUAUUAUUAUUAUAGCUUUGAAUUUGACUCACUAUGAUUUCUUAGACCAGUUGAUGGACUGUGUUGGUUUCUCUGUGUGGAACUUGUUUUUUAGAGAUAUCCGCAGGGUUGGUGUGUGAGUAAGCUUCGCCUCCCUCCUGUCAUGUGUUGAAGUAUUUAAGACCUGAGCCAAACCCCACAGCAUAGCAAUCAUAAGAAGAACAGAACUGUUAUUUAAACAUUUAUUUUGCUAAAUAUUACCUACAAGGGUACAACAAAUUCAGCUUAAUCCAGCAUUUAUGUUUUGGAGCUGUUUUAUGAGAACCCAAAGCCUGUAGCUUUUCUAUUUUAGUAGCUUUGAAAUGAUGUACGCGAAGUUUCUGUACGGUGUUUGUUUAGUUAAAAAGGUAUGUUUUAAGGUAUGAUAUAAUAAUCAAGCCAUGAAGACGAGGGAGAGAGAGAUGCGCCGUGGAUUAUCUAGAUGAACUAUUGUGACUUCAGGCACAUGUUUUUAUUAAAAAUCAUUGUAUUCUCAGAUGAGUCAAAUAAAUAUAAACACCCAUUUAA